AUGAUAAAAUCAACGGCAAAAGCUCAAACAUUAUCAACUGUACCAUGUAAACCUGUAUUAAAUUAUUAUUUUAAAUAUUUAACUGCUCCACAUCCUGGUAUAAAUCGUUAUUUUCCCAUUCAAGCCACAUUUAUAUUACAAGUAACUGUAUCAUUUAGUGAUCGAACAUGGACUCCAUCAUGUAGUGCAUUUUUUUGUCCUAUUCAAAUUUUUAAUUAUAAAAAUACUGAUAUACAAACUAUUAUAAUUAAUAGAUUAGGUUCUAUUCAAUACAUAUCAAAUAGUUGGGGUAAUGCAAAAUUUAAAGAUCAAUUACAAUGUUAUGGUAUAAAUAAACCAUUUUAUACAGCACCAACAAAACAAUCAUAA